AUGGAAGAGGUUGAUGUACAACUGACAGUUGAAAAGUUGUUCGCGAUGUGUGUAGACCGAAAUCUAAGAGGUGAACAAAACAUUCUUUCAUCAGUUCUAAGCCAGGCUACCUAUGCACAGUGCUGGGAAGCUUUCGUGAAGUGGCUUCUUGGGCAAUUCGAUUUAGGCCGCGCAGUUAAUUGCCACCCAUUCGCAACAAUGGGCUACAACGCUACUUUAGAAAACUCCAAAACAGUCUGCAUAGAAAUCCAAGAAACUUUCUUGCAGCAACGUGGCCUCACGUUUAAACUCGAUGAAAAAGAAUGCCCCUACCCUUUUAACCCAGGCCCAAGUAUAAAAAUCAACUACGUUGGGAUAGCAAAAACUGGGAAUCUAGAAAAAUCCAUUGUAAGCACAGCCCUCAACAAUGUUUUUGAGUUAAUCGGCGACUUAUUAAGUCAAAAAUCCAGAAUUGAACUUGACUUGGGUGUAUUAGGUAGACUUUCCUGUACUGACAGAUCAGUGAAAUUUCACCCAGUCAGCAAGACAAAGACAGCUUAUCUGUUUGGAAAAUCCACUGUUAAAAAUUUGAUGGAGCUUUCGAGGGCUCCACAUGAGAAGCUUCCGCCUCUUGAGGCACAAAAUAGCCAAAUGAACCCAAUAGAAAGACAGAUUUCGUAUGGGAAAACAAAAAUUGGGCAGAUUUCACAUCCUACGUUAAGGGAUACAAGAAAUAUUUCUAUUGAUAUGCUAGGAGCUGGUCUAAACCCAAAUGCAAGAAUAAUUAACUACUCCUCGCUAGCGUCAGACCCAGAAAAAAUGAUGUCAACAGUCUUUAAGAAGCCACCACUAGCCAAUACUCGUUUUCCUCCGGUUCUUGAUGUUUUCAGCCGUACUGUGGCUGCCCCAGUUAGUUUUAAUAAGCAAUACCUUCCUCCUUCAGUGAGAAUUGCAUCAAACUAUAACCCAGAAGCUAAAAGAUUAAUAAUUGACCCAGAAUCAAGGAGCAUCCAAUUCAUUCCUUUCGAGUCCCACAUCACCCUUGCAGCCAACACAAACCCAAUGAUUCCUCAGAUCCCCACAUCUGAAGGCGACCCCAUCAUCGCAAGCGGAGUUGAUACAGAAACAUUAAAAAAAGACUACAACUGGAAGAGAUAUACCCACUACAUAGAAAAUGAAAUCAGCACUGAAGUAAUUGCUCAAAUAAGGCAAUACUGGAUCCACAACAUCCUUGAUUUGGUGCCUGCGGAGUGGAAUCUGAUUGCAAAAGAAAAAGUCGAGUACAUUUUAGACGAAAUGCUGAAUGAAAUAAAUCGGGAUUAUUAUAGAGCCUGCAGGAAAAGCAUCCUUGACUAUGUAUUAAAAGACUCUGAUCAAAGAAAAAGAUUGGGGAUUGAAACGAAUCCAGACCCACCGGUUGACUAUGGGGCACAACCGUUUAAAGGGAUUGAGCCGACCGAGGAAUGGCAGACUAAUGUGAUGAUGGCAAGAAUGCUUAUGUCUGACAACCUUUGUAUAUGUACACCAGCAACACUUGGACUUAAGCAGCUCUGGGGAGUGUAUGAAAGUAUGAUGUUUAUUGAUUUGCCUGAAAAGUAUGAGUCACUAUCCACUGAAGAGUUCAUUGAAAGGCAAGAAAGCCGCAUGAAUCAAGUCCAAAACAUGCUUAAUACAGAAUGAACACUGAGUGCUGUAAGCAUUAUUAGUGAUUAUUGGAUUAGAUUAAAUUAAAUUCUAAAGAGUUUUUAGGGUUUAUUUCAGCUUCUUGUAGUCCAUGGCAGGUAUCAGGCUCAAGUGUUCCUAAUCAUCUGAUUCACACCACAUCCUUUUUCUGUCAGCAUCACCAGUCUCUCGGAAAACACCCUAUGCUUAUGCCUUGGUCUGGUUCUUGCAGCUCUCAACCCUUGGUGAUCAUCAAUGUGUGAGCAAAACGUCUUGGUACCUGGCCAGGCAAAAACCCUUCACAGACCUCCUAAAAGAAUGGAAUCCACUUGCCUAGAGCUGAGAUCAAUUGAUCAGUAACCCUGAACCUAUCCAUCACAAGCCAUCUUUUAAAAAGUUCAUUAUUAGUGAAGAAAUCAAAAACAUGGACAGAGAGCAGGCUGCUACUUUUUUUGAAGCAACAAGUGCAUUGAUGUCUAAUCAACUUCGACAGCUAGUCACAGAUUCUAUCAAUGCCUAUUUAAAGUUCUUUAAAAAAUUCGACGUUAGCAACCCACCAAGACCCAAUGAUAUGGUUGUUAGUAUCCCAAGCGAAUGACCAGACGCAUUUUUGAAAAUCAGACUUACCUCCCAAGAUGGAAAAAUUGUUUUUUCAGAGAACCCAGAAUCAAUAAGCAUUGAAUUAAUUUCAAUAGUCAAAAAAAUCGCUGAAAAAUCAGAAAAAGUCCCAAGACCUGACCACGGGAUUGCUCCAAAUGAAAAAAACCCUCACCUAUGGUUUGUUAGCUCUGAAGAUGAGCUAGUCAUAAAUUCUUCCAAACAAAUAAAGCACAUCAUAAGAAAAAAUUUGGACAUUGCUUUAGAGUCUUUGAAGCUAUAUGAAAAAUAUACAAAUUUGCUGACAGAUAGGAGAUAUAUUGAGCAAUUUAUCCAUGAAGAACACUCAAGAAAUGAGUACAGAGAAUUAAUUGAGAGGUAUGAGACAAUUGAAAGAGAAAUUAGAAGAGAAUGUCCUGUCAGAAUAAGGCUGAAUAUGAUUGAGGUUGAGUGUGGAGAUAUAAAUAAGCAGCUUUGCAAAGACUGUGAUGAUAUUGUUUUCACUUUAAAUAAAGCCAUUCUCACCAAGAAUGCUGAUAGAGCUACAUCUAUUUAUAAGGAAUUCCAAACAAUAAGUGAAUUUUAUAGUACGAAAGCAGACACUGAAGAAAAACUUGUAGAGCAUGAGAGCUACAAAGACAAAUGCAGAGAACAAAUUAUCCCUAAUUUAUUCCAAGAAUAUAAUGAUACUAAAGAAUGGUUCAAAAUGUUGUAUGAUUCUCCGUUUAAUGUAGGAGAAGAAGAUCUUGCACCUCUAGGCCAAUGCAAUUUUUGGGUAAAGACCAUCAUGGGCAGAAUGCAAGAAAUCGAGCUUUCUUUGCAAAAUUCUAAAGAUGCAUUAAAUAAUCAGCUCAGAGAAAUCCGCAAAAACUUCGGUGAAGAGCUUAAUUCAUUAUCUUAAUUUGCAGACGGGCAGAGUGCCUUAUUGAUCACUCAGUCACCAAGAACUUUGAAGGGUUCAUCCGCUUUACGAAGCCUACGCCUCUGCAUGAUCGGCCGAGAUGAUAACUGAGGUGGACCAUCUUUUUCUCCUCUAGGAUCCGCCAUAUUACCAAUGUGAAAUGAGUGUGCACGAGGGAGUACGCCUCAUCCUUGUCCGGUUAAGGACUCCAAUUUUGAGUGAUGAGACUAUAUAUUUCUGCAAUCCUGCUGCGGGCCCAUUGGACAGCCGCUUGAUUCAGGAAAAAUCCAGAGUCUUGCGGGUGCUUAUACCGAUCUCAGCUGCUACAGUUAAAAAAGCUCAGUUCCUAGGCCCGGGCCACAACUCUUAGUAUCGCGGCUAAAAUUUCACUUUAAGGGUGUUUCGAAAACACUACUAGGUUAUCCCUUUCUAACCAUAGGAGCUGAGUCAAAAACCUACCCUAAAUACAUAAAGCCAUAUCAAACCUGAAUCUUUGACUGGCUUCUCAGCCAGUGUCUCAGUAUAAGUUUAAAAAAUCGUGUCAAGAAGUCGAAUGCACUUAUCUCACCAUUUUUAUGUAUGAAAAGCUUAAUUCAAUUGAACUUGAAAUCAGCAGACUUAAAGACAUCAGUGAUAGGUCAGAAAGCAAAGAGCACGUUAAAACCAUCGCAAAUCUUAAACAAAGGCUAGAAGAAGCUGAAGAAAAAAUGAAAGAAAUCAACCUCAAAGAGGAGCUGCUGGGAUGGACACCUAUGGAGUUCACGAAGCUUGAAGAAGUUCAAAGAAACAUUAAGCCUCAUGACGAGCUAUGGAGACUAGUCAGCAUGACCAAAGAAAGAACUGAUGCAUGGACCCAAACCCUUGUAAAAGAGCUCGACCCUGAUGAAAUCGAAAGAGAAGCCAAACAAAUGCAAGGAGCUGCCAAAAAGCUUUUAUACUCUCUUAAAGAAAAGGCUCCAAAACUAGUUGACGUCGCUAUGCUCACAUUGCAAGACAUAGACAACCUUAUGAAGAAAAUCCCUGUUAUGAAAAUAGUUUCCACCAAAGGUUUAGAAGAAAGGCAUUUUGACCGAAUUUCGAAAAUAAUAAACCAAGAGUUCAGAAUCACUGAUCACACCACAUUUAAGCAGUUCCAAAACAUGGACUUUGAAGAGCAUUUUGAAGAAGUCGAAGAAAUUGCAAUGGCUGCUGCCAGAGAAUUCAGCAACUAUAAAAUGCUAGAAAAAAUGGAAAGAGAUUGGGACCCUAUUAAAUUCGAGCUGAAAGAAUGGGGAGAAACUAGAACUUAUAUACAUUUAGGCUCAGGUAUUGAAAUUGUGCAGACAUUGCUGGAAGAGCAGAUCUUGACAACCCAAACAAUGAAAGGUUCUCCAUUUGCAGCAGUUUAUCUCGAUAGGAUCAAUGCAUGGGAUGAGUGGCUUUCACUGACAAAUAAAGUUAUAGCUGUUUGGAUUAAGGUCCAAAGCUUGUGGAUUGUACUUGAGCCAGUUUUUGCAAGUGCUGACAUCCAAAAGCAGCUAUUUAAAGAGGCAGCUCUAUUCAAAGAAGUCGAUUCUCAAUGGCAUCGUCUUAUGGACCAAACUCACCGUGACAUGACAGUAACUGUUGUGACCCGAAUUGACAAUAUUUUUGACACUUUAAACUACUGCCAUGAAAGACUAGAAAUAGUUCAGAGAGAACUCAACAGUUAUCUAGAGAAAAAGCGUCUGUUCUUCCCAAGAUUCUUCUUCUUGACUAAUGAAGAACUAAUUUCAAUCCUCAAAGAAACAAGAGAUGCCACAAAGGUCCAGCCCCAUUUAAAAAAAUGUUUUGAAGGCAUAAAGAGUCUGCGAUUUGACGAUGAACAGAAAAUCACUGCCAUGAUUUCUCAAGAAGGAGAAGUUGUAGAGUUCAUCAGAGUCAUUGACCCUGCUAUGGCUGAAGGAGCUGUUGAAAAAUGGCUGAUUGAAGUUGAAGACUGCAUGAUUAAAAGCACAAGAGACAUCAUUUACAAAGCUUUGAAUGACUAUCCGAAAAGAGAUAGAAAAGAUUGGGUUUCUCUGCAUAAAGGCCAAGCAGUGUUAUGUGCUAGCAUGACAUUUUGGACAAGAGGAGCUGAAGACAAGCUAAGCUCUUCAGGAAAAUUGGGACUUCAGGAAUAUGUUACUGAGUGCAAUAAGCUGUUUUUAGAUAUCGUGAAUUUAGUCAGAGGAGACAUUCCAGAUUUGGUGAGAUGCACGCUAAAAGCUAUGAUCGUGCUGGAUGUCCAUUGCAGAGAUGUUAUUACUGAGCUUGCUCAGAGUGGAAUCGAAGACAGAAGUGACUUUGCGUGGCUUUCACAGCUGCGUUAUUAUUGGGAAAAUGAAAAUACUUUGGUUAGAGUGAUCAAUGCUGAACUAAGCUACAAUUAUGAAUACCUUGGAAACUCUGAAAGGUUGGUCAUCACACCUUUGACUGAUAGAUGCUAUAGAACACUUUGUGGAGCUGUCCAUCUUACUUAUGGUGGAGCACCUGAAGGGCCAGCAGGAACUGGAAAAACAGAAACCGUUAAAGAUCUUGCAAAGGCUAUGGCUCGUAUGUGUGUCGUCUUCAACUGCUCUGAUGGUCUAGAUUUUGAAGCUAUGGGCAAGUUUUUCAAAGGACUUGCUGCCACAGGUGGGUGGAGUUGCUUUGAUGAGUUUAACAGAAUUGACCCUGAAGUGCUUUCUGUGGUUGCUCAGCAGCUGCUUACUAUUCAAAACGCUCUGAGAGAAGGAAAGCCAGAAUUUAAAUUUGAAGGUACUGAGCUCAUUUUAAAGAAAACCUGUAACUGCUUUAUCACUAUGAACCCAGGGUAUGCUGGCAGAAGCGAGCUUCCUGAUAACUUGAAGGCUUUGUUUAGAACUGUAGCUAUGAUGGUUCCUGACUAUUCUCUCAUUGCUGAAAACGUUCUUUAUUCUUAUGGAUUCCAAGAUGCAAGAGCUUUGGCUCAAAAAAUUGUGGCUACCUAUAAAUUGUGUUCAGAACAGCUUUCCAGUCAAAAACAUUACGAUUAUGGUAUGAGAGCUGUCAAGUCUGUGCUGCUAGCUGCAGGAGCUCUUAAGAGAAAAUAUCCUACAGAAAAUGAGAGUGUGCUGAUGCUUAGAUCAAUUAACGACGUCAACUUGGCUAAAUUCUUGUCUCACGACUUGCCACUCUUUGAAGGUAUCAUUUCAGAUCUAUUCCCAGGUAUCAAACUUCCUGAGCCUGAUUAUGCGCUGCUAUUAGAAUCUUUACAAAACCAAAGCCAGCUUAUGAACUUGCAAUGGAACGAGUAUUUCGUCAUGAAAGUCAUCCAGAUCUUUGAAAUGGUUAAUGUCAGGCAUGGUCUCAUGGUUGUCGGCCUGCCAUUUGCAGGGAAAUCCUCAGCUCUGAAAGUCUUAGCUGCUGCUCUUACUGAGCUUGCCCACAAAGGACAAAUGAAUGAAAAUGAAGUGCUAAUAUUUAGCCUCAACCCUAAGUCAAUCACCAUGAAACAGCUAUACGGCUCUUUUGAUGAGGUCAGCAAAGAUUGGCAAGAUGGCGUCUUAGCAGCUGGCUUCAAAGAUUUCGCAAGAAAUGAGUCCAACCAAAGAAAAUGGAUGCACUUUGACGGUCCUGUCGACGCUAUAUGGAUUGAAAACAUGAAUACAGUCCUUGAUGACAACAAGAAGCUUUGUUUAACAAGUGGAGAAAUCGUUGCAAUGUCAAACAACAUGAAUUUAAUUUUCGAACCAAUGGAUCUAGCAGUGGCUUCUCCAGCUACAGUCAGUCGUUGCGGUAUGAUUUAUCUCGAGCCCCAUAGGCUUGGCUGGGAACCUCUCUUCCAAAGCUGGAGAAAUUCUUCUCUUCCUCACACCUUUUUAGAUAACGAGGAUUUAGAAGUUUCUUUACUAGUUGACUGGCUGAUUGAGCCAACCCUCAAACAAAUUGAAACGAAAAUGAAGCUGACAGCGCCAAUGAUGAGGCAAAAUCUUGUUAUGUCGUGCCUGCACAUUUUUUCAGAUUUCUUAAAAAUGUUUAAUGAUCAAGAUGCAUUUGAUGCAAUUGAAGAAAAGGACAGGAUCAAAAUCAUUGACUGCUUCUUUGUUUUCGCAAUAACUUGGUCACUUGGAGCCGCGGUUGUGUCAGCUGAUAGGAGAAAUUUCAACAUUUGGCUGAGGAGGAUUCUCAAUGGAGAUGUAGCAGAAAUAAAGAACAAAGGCAAAAAAAUACAGCCAAGCAUCCCUGAAAAUGGUUCUUACUAUGACUUCAUUUUCCUUGCUGAUCAAAUGCAGUGGAGACAUUGGACUGAAGCAGGAAUUACUGAUAUAAAUGCAGAUAUUCCAAAGAAUUUGCUUCCUAAUGAAGUUGUCGUUUCAACAGUAGAUACUGUCAGGUACACUUAUUUAUUAGAGAGACUGUUAAAAGCAGGAAUUCCAUUUUUAUUCUGUGGAAAUACAGGUACAGGCAAAACCAUUUAUGUGAAAGAUGUGAUCCUUAAUAAACUGGACCAGACAAAGUACAUAAAUUCUGAAAUCGGAUUCAGUGCACAAACCACUGCAAAUCAAGUCCAAGACACAAUUGAUGGUAAAGUUGACGUUAAACGUGGUAAAAGAGGUCUGUACGGCCCUCCUCCAGAAAAGAUCUGCGUUAUUUUUGUUGAUGAUUUGAAUAUGCCAGAAAAAGAAGAGUAUGGAGCUCAGCCACCUAUUGAAAUUUUAAGACAACUUCUAGAUCAAGGAGGAUGGUAUGAAAGAAAAGACAACACUUUUAAAACUAUCAUUGAUUGGAGAUUUGUUACCGCUAUGGGUCCUCCAGGAGGUGGCAGAACUUUUAUUACUCCCAGAUUCCAAAACCAUCUUUGUAUGAUUUCUUUGGCUGAUUUCGAGGAUGACACACUUUUAAGAAUUUUCAGCAGCAUUCUGCAUUGGUUUUUCGCGAAUAAUAAAUUUGGAGAAAACAUCACCAAAGUCGAAAAUAAAAUCGUUCAAGCAAGCAGGGAUAUUUAUAAAACAGCUAUGGAAAAACUCUUACCGACUCCAUUGAAGAGCCAUUAUACCUUCAACUUGAGAGAUUUCUCUAAAGUUAUUUUGGGUAUAUGCAUGUCUGACUCAGUAACUAUAUCAGAAACAGACCAAGUUGUUAGACUAUGGGUCCAUGAAAUAUUAAGAGUCUUCGGAGAUCGUCUAGUUGAUGAUGAUGACAGAAUAUGGCUUUUGCACCAUAUAAGAGAAUCAACCAAAAGAAUUUUUGGCUUCAAUUUUGACACCAUUUUCAAUCAUCUUGACAUCGACAAAAACGGAAAAGUUGAAACUUUAGAUGAAAUUAGAGGACUGAUGUUUGGGUAUUUAUUAACUCCUCCUGGAGCUCCAAAGCGUUAUUCUGAAAUGACUGACCUUGUCACACUCACUAAAAACUGCGAAGUUGCAUUGGAAUUUUAUAACUCGACUUCCACUAAGCCUAUGGACCUAGUGCUAUUUGCCUUUGCAAUCGAGCAUUUGUGUAGAAUUUCAAGAGUACUUAACCAGCCUGGAGGCCAUGCUCUUUUAAUAGGUGUUGGCGGAUCUGGCCGACAAAGUGUGACGAGACUAGCUGCAAGCUUAGCAGAAUAUGAAAUUGUCCAAAUUGAGCUGACUAAAAAUUAUGGGAAAAAUGAAUGGAGAGAAGACUUGAAGAGCUUCUUAAGAAAAGCAGGUGGCACUGGAGCUCAAUGCGUAUUCCUAUUUACUGAUUCUCACAUCAAGGAUAAAAGUUUCUUAGAAGACAUCAACACUUUACUGAACACAGGAGAAGUGCCUAAUCUUUACCCUCAUGAAGAAAAAAUUGAAGUUGUAGAAAUGGUCAGGCCAUAUGCAAGAGCUGAAGGGAAAGCCCCUGAUGGUACUAUUGCGCAGCUAUAUACUUACUUUGUUGAAAGAUGCAAAAAGAUGCUUCACAUUGUUCUUUGUUUCUCUCCAAUCGGUGAGGCUUUUAGGACAAGGCUGAGAAUGUUCCCUUCUCUUGUUAACUGCUGCACCAUUGACUGGUUUUCUGAAUGGCCUCAAGAUGCUUUAGUUUCUGUUGCCCAAAAAUUCCUUACUCCCCCUUCGUAAGCGAACAAAAAAAAUCUUGUUCGCUCACGGAGGGGGGCUAAUUUUGUUUUAAAAAGAUUUAUAUAUAAAUUUUAUAGAAAAAAUUUUUUUUUUCGAAAUUUAAAAAAAUUCUAAAUUCGCAGAAUUGGAAAGCAAAUAUUAAUUUAAUUUGUAAAAUUUAUGUUUUAAAACGCGAUUUGUUUAAAAUUAAACAGAAUUAGCUCAAGAUUUCAUUAUAAUAAUUAUCACUUAUAUAUCAAAAAUUUUUUCCAUAGAAAAUUUUUCAAUUAAAAAAAUUUUUGAUCGCUUACGGAGGGUCAGUUUUUGGGAAAAAAAGGGUAUUUUUUCUAAUGAUUUUAUUCGCUAACGGAGGGGGGGAGUGUUAGGUGCAAUAGAAAUGGAAAGCCACAUCCGAGAGCAAUGCGUAGAGAUGUGCCAAAUGUUCCACAGAAGCACAACUGAAUGGUCCCACAAAAUGCUUAUGCAGCUUAGAAGACACUACUACGUUACCCCUACUUCAUAUUUAGAAAUGAUCACAACUUUCAAAACUCUCCUAAACGAGCGCAGAAAGGUGGUUUUAACUGAGAAACAAAAAUUCGAGAUUGGGUUUGAAAAAUUAAUCACUACUGAAGGGUCUGUAGAAGGCAUGAAAAAAGAAUUAAUUGAAUUGCAGCCUAAGCUGGAAGACGCCAAAAAGGCAACUGAAGAAAAAAUGGUCAUUGUAGAGGCGAAAAAGAGAGAUGCAGAAGAAAUGGAAGAAUCUGUAAGAAAAGAAGAACUAAUCGCAAGAGCAGCUGCUGAGAAAGCUGAAGGCAUUAAAAGAGAGUGCGACAUUGCUUUAGCUGAAUGCAUGCCCAUUCUUCAAGCUGCAUUAGAUGCUUUGCAAGUCUUGAACAAAGACGAUAUCAGCAAAAUGAAAAAAGGGGCAAACCCACCUCAACUUGUGAAGGACGUCAUGGAAGCUGUCUGUAUUUUAUUGAAAGUCGAUCCUCCAAGAAAGCAGGAUCCAAAUACAAUGAAAAUGAUUCCACAAUGGUGGGACGCUUCAAUGAAAGUUUUGAGCAGAGCAGAGUUCUUGGAAGAUUUGAGAAAUUAUGACAAAAGCUGGAUGACUGAAAAAAUGAUCAAGGAGUUGCAGAAAUUUGUACAGAAUUCAGAGUUUAAUGCAGAAAAUAUGAGAAACAAAAUUUCUAGUGCUGCUGCAGGUCUAUGUUCUUGGGUUUUAGCUAUGGAGAAAUUUUAUCAUGUUAAUCUAGAAGUUGAGCCUUUGCAGAAAGCACAAGCUGUUGCAGAAGAAGAGUAUAAUAAGUAUAUGAGAGCUUUAGAAGUUAAAGAAGCAGCCUUGAAAGAAGUUCAAGAUAAAGUAGCUGCCUUGCAAAAUGAUUUGGAUAUAACAACUGCUAAUAAAGAAAGGCUAGAGAAAGAAGUCGAUGACUGUAAAAGAAGGCUAACAAGGGCUCAACAACUAAUUGAAAGUUUAGGAGGAGAAAAAGUAGCUUGGAAAGAAUUUGCUAAAAGACUUGGUGAAGAAUAUAUUAUGCUUACUGGAGACGUCCUUGUCUCUUCUGGAAUGAUUGCUUAUUUAGGUCCUUUUACAGCAAGUUAUAGAGCUCAGAUUGCAGAGCUGUGGAACCAAGACUGCAAAAAUCGAGGAAUUCCAAGCAGUGCUGUGUAUUCUCUGCAAAGCUGUUUGGGAGAUCCAGUGAAAAUAAGAUCAUGGAAUAUAGACAGUUUGCCUAGAGAUUCAUUUUCUAUUGAAAAUGGCAUUAUUGUUUCGAAAGCUCGUAGAUGGCCAUUAAUGAUUGAUCCAGAAUCUCAAGCCAACAAGUGGAUUAAAAAAAUGGAAGGCAAAGAAGGCACUUUACUAGUCCUUAAACUCACCGAUGACAAUUUCUUAAGGCUUCUAGAAAAUAAAAUCACUUUUGGACACCCAGUUCUCUUACUCUCUAUAAAUUGGAACAACUGCCAGUAAAAUUUCUAGCUUUUGAGCAAAAUAAAUUGAGACAAAUUUUAUAAUUUCUUUUUAUAUUUUUGACCCAAUUUAAUGGAAUAAGUGCAAGCAAAAUGCUAUUUAAACAGACUCUUUAGUUGUUAAAAUUAAUAAAAAUUAGGACAUUUUUAAAUUUUAUAUUUUUUUCCCUUAAAAUAAACUCAUAGCUUUAAAUUGAAUCAGUUUUUGUUUUCGAUUUAAAGGGGAGUUAGAAAACGUUGGUGAAGAGCUAGAUCCAAGUCUUGAGCCACUUUUGCUUAAACAAGUUGUAAAAAAUAUCCUAAGAUUAGGAGAAAGCAACGUCGAAUAUAACAAAGAUUUCCGAUUCUACAUCACAACAAGACUAAGAAACCCCCACUACCUGCCUGAGCUGUCUACUAAAGUAACUUUGAUUAACUUCAUGAUCACUCCUGAAGGUCUUGCUGACCAACUUUUGGUCACAGUUGUCGCAGAAGAGCAGCCAGAGCUAGCAAGGACAAAAGAGCAUAUAAUUAUUCAAACAGCUGAAAACCAAAAGAGACUAAAACAAAUUCAAGAUAAAAUUCUCCACAUCAUGAGCACCACAUCUGGAAACAUCCUAGACGACGAUGAAGCAAUCAGCGUUCUUUCACAAUCCAAAGUUGUAUCAAACCAAAUCGAGACUGAACAGGAAAAUGCCAAGGUGACUGAAGAAAGAAUUGAUCAAGCUAGAUUGGGCUAUAAGCCUUUCUCUGAUUGUAUGGCUUUAUUGUUCUUCUGCAUAACUGAGCUUGGAAAUAUUGACCCUAUGUAUCAAUACUCACUAGAUUUUUUCAACAAUCUUUUCUUGCGCGCCAUCAAUGAAAGUGAAGCCAACGAAGUCUUAGAAGAAAGACUGAAAAAUCUCCAGAAAACAUUUACUAAAAUCCUUUACUCAAAUAUUUGCAGAUCUUUAUUCGAAAAAGACCGCCUGUUGUUCGCAUUCAAUUUGACAUUGAAAUUUAUGGAGUAUAAUAAAGAGCUUGAUAUAGCAGAACUGAGGUUUUUAAUGACAGGAGGUAUUGGGCUUGAUGAGAAACUGCCUGAAAAGCCUGAUGCAGAUUGGCUACUUGAUAAAUCGUGGGCAGAGUUUUGCAGACUUAGCGAUCUCCCCAGAUUCCAAGGGUUCUUCUAUGACAUAAGAGACAAUAUUUCAGCCUGGAAAGCAAUUUUCGAUAAUCCAAAGCCUUUUGAUUGCCACUUCCCAGGAAAAUGGCAUACAUUUUUAAAUGACUUCGAAAAGCUGCUAGUUCUUAGAUCCUUAAGACCAGAUUCUAUAGUAGCUGCCACCAUUGAGUUUGUCGCCAAAAGACUUGGGAGAGAGUUCACUGUUUCUUCAACUCUUAAGCUUAAAGACAUAUAUAAAGAUUCUAGCAGAACAGCCCCACUUAUUUUCAUUUUAAGUCCUGGCUCAGAUCCAUUGCGAGCACUGCAAAACUUUGCUGAUAAUAAGCGCAAAAAACUAGAAACAAGAUCUCUAGGGCAAGGACAAGGAAAGGCUGCAGAAGAAAUUAUUAAUAGAUCUCUGGAAACUGGCGAUUGGGUGCUGCUGAUGAACUGCCACUUAGCUGUGAGUUGGAUGCCGAGACUAGAACAAAUUGUCCAAAGCAUAACUCCUGAUCAAAAAGGCACCGGAAGAGAUUUUAGACUUUGGUUGACUUCAUACCCAUCUCCGAAAUUCCCUGUAACCUUAUUGCAAAACGGUCUUAAAAUGACCAAUGAACCUCCUAAAGGUCUGAAAUCAAAUCUCACAGGGUCUUACAACAAAGAUUUCAUAUCAGAUCCUCACUUCUUUAACAGCUGCAAAAAAGAAAAAGAAUGGAAAAAAUUAUGCCGCUAAUAUAAGUCCGGCUUAAAAAUGGCGUUAAAAAUUUUAAUAUGCGUAUAUAUCAUAAAAUAGAAUAUUAUUUGGCUUAUGCUUCUUCAAUGCUGUUAUUCAAGAAAGAAGACUUUAUGGCCCAUUAGGCUGGAACAUUCCUUACGAAUUUUCAGAAUCCGAUUUAAGAAUCAGUGUCCAACAGCUUCAAAUGUUCUUGAACCAAUACGAUAAAGUGCCUUUCGAAGCUCUCAGUUAUCUAACUGGUGAGUGCAACUUCGGAGGAAGAGUAACAGAUGAUAAAGACAGAAGGCUCAUUAAAACACUCCUCGAAGAUUUUUACACUGACAAAAUAUUUGACGAUAAUUACAAGUUUUCAGGAAUUUCUGAAUAUUAUGCACCACCUACAGGUGAAUUCCAAGACUAUUUAGAUUUCGUAGAAAAACUUCCUGAUAUAGCUCCUCCAGGAAUAUUUGGCUUCCAUUCUAAUGCGGACAUUACUAAAAAUCAAAACGAAGCUACUUCAAUGUUCAACUCGAUGCUACUAACACAAUCAAGUGGAGGCGGAGGAGGUGGAGGUGGAAGCUCAGUUGAAGAAACUGUUAUAAAACUGGCUGAAGGCAUAUUGGCUGACCCUCCAGAAAUUCUUGAUGAAGACAACGCACAGAAGAAAUACCCGCCUACUUAUGGAGAAAGCAUGAAUACUGUUCUAACACAAGAAGUUUUGAGAUUUAACAAUCUCACCAGAACUGUCAGAUCAUCUCUUCAAGACUUACUUAAAGCAAUUAAAGGACAAAUUCCGAUGUCCUCUAUAAUUGAAGCGACCUUGCGUACUCUUUUUGAUGGAAAAGUCCCUGAAAUUUGGAUGAAAGCGUCAUACCCAUCUCUGAAGCCGUUAGGAAGCUAUAUAGGAGAUUUAAAGCAGAGGAUUGAGUUUUUCAAGAAAUGGGUAAAUGAAGGCACCCCUGUGGUAUACGAGAUUUCGAGAUUUUACUUCACACAAAGUUUCUUAACUGGAGCUCUGCAGAACUAUGCAAGGAAGUAUACAAUCCCUAUUGAUGAAAUUAACUUCAAUUAUGAAGUAGUUGCAGAUGAUAACCCUAAGAAGCCUGAGGAUGGAGUUUUGGUAACUGGAAUGUUUUUAGAAGGUGCAAGAUGGAGUUAUAAGAAGAAACAGCUGGCAGAAUCGAAGCCAAAGAAGCUUUUUACUGAAUGUCCUAUGAUUUGGCUUAAACCUGGAGUAGAAAUUAUUAAGUUUCCUCAUUAUAGUUGUCCAUUGUAUAAGACCAGCGAUAGAAGAGGAGAACUGAGCACGACUGGACACUCUACAAACUUUGUCAUGUUUUUCAAGCUCGCUACUGAUUUAGAUCCUGCACAUUGGAUUAAACGUGGCGUUGCAUUGCUGACGCAACUAAAUGAUUAA